AUGAACGAUCUCGACGGCCUAGAAGGUCUGGAUGGUGCCUUCGAUGCGUUUGACUGGGUGACGCGUGAUGCCGCCUUCCACGAGGCCACGGCCGAAGUGGCCUCGGAGGAUAUCGGCAUGGAUGAUAAUCUUCACGGCGACUAUCAGAAUGCAAUUGUUGCAGAUGAUGUUGCGCAAGAGCCUGUUGGCCAUGAAAUAUGCCAAGUCGAGCCCUCAAAUGCUCAAAGCCAGGGCGUCCAAGCAGAUGCCGAUGACGCCGAAGAAGGCGCUGUCCCAGACAAUAGUGAUCAGGAGCCUAUUGUCGAAGAGCAACCUGAACUCGAGCCGUGGAAUGCUCGAACUGAGGAUGUUGCAGCCGAUUCCGACGCCACGGAAGGCGCUGCCAUGGAAUAUGUCGAACAAGAGGGACAUGGCAAUGGUUCUGACGAUAAUUCCGCCGCGAAUGCCGCAAAUGAAGUCAUUGAGGAUUUCACAGUCAAAAGAGAUUUGUCGCAAGGAGAAAACCGGCGCGCGGAAGGCGAGACAAUACUAGCUAAUGGUCAGCGAGCUGGGUCGCAAGACAACGCUGACAUCAGUGCCCAGUUUCCUGCAUAUGCACUUCGAUUGGAAGUUGAACUACCAGCUCUGCCCGAGUCUUUGGUCGAGGACUACUCUGUCGUUCUAUCCGAAGUAGUGGAUCACAUCUGCGGUGAAGUUGCGUUUGCGGACUCUUACCACGUGGAGUUUACUGAUGGACGAGUUGAAACUAUAACGCACGACCAUCUUCUCCAGUUAAGAAACGGCCAAUCUGCUCUGGACGAAUUUUUGGAUCCUUUCAACAUGUCGAAGAACCCCAGAAAGCGCAAACAUGGGGCCAACGAGUGGGACUCCGACUUCGAGUCAGAACCGGUGGAACUCCAAUCUGAUGCCAUGGAGUUGGAUGAAGACGAGAGCGACGAAUCCGUGAAACAGAUCACUCGGCGUUCUACGCGGCGAGCAUCGCAGAAACCAAGAAUUGUCAUCACACGACGUGAAGAGCCUGGGCACUCCGAUGACGAAGCUGAUCAACCGUCUCGUCCGUCUAGAUCGUUGCGGCCCCGUGCUAGUAAGCCAUCCUACUACGGCCCAGAACCUGAGCGCGAAGCUCCCGGAACUCGAGAUAAGGGCAGCGACGACGACGAUUUCAUGCCUGUUAUAUCUGACUUGGCACCGCCAAAGAGGGGCAGGCGUCCUACUCGAGGACGUGGGAAGUCUAUACCUAUCAGGAAAAGACAAUCAGGGGCAGGCUCUGACAUUGAAUUUGAGCCGCUCAGGAGAUCCUCGCGGGCAAACAAGAAUGUACAAGGAAUGAAUGACGAGUUUGAUUCAGACGACGAUUUCGAGUCGAUGGCCGUGAUGAAAGAGCGUGGCGCGCCCAAGGUUGUCUCGGUCAGGGAAACAUUUCAGCCUAUCGAGCCUGAAUCUCCGUUUGCUGUCGCUCAUAUGCAGAAAUGUCAUGUCUGUGCUGGCUCCAGACAACGAGGACAACUCAUUUACUGCCAAGGGUGCAGUCUUACUUUCCACAAAUCUUGCAUUGGCCUUCGCAGCUCUCGAGAGCACAUGGUCACCAAAGUUGACGAGGAUUCCUUUGUUUUGCAGUGCAAAUUCUGCAUUGGUGUCUACACUUCUAGAGAUGAGACGGCGCCAAAAUACGACAUGUGCCAGCAAUGCAGAUCCCCAGGUCUCUCUUGCUCAGCAUUCUCGCCGAAACGCACGGCCCGCCAAGAAGAAAAGAUGCGCGAGGAGAACAAUGGAAUUGACCCCGUGGCGCCCGUGGCGCGUGAGCUGAUCAACAACACUGAAAAUGUUCUUUUCCGCUGUCAAGCAUGUCAUAGAGGCUGGCAUCAGAAUCAUCUGCCACCACAAGAGGGUGUCCAGUCAGAUGUCGCCAGCUAUUCUAAGAAAUGGCGCUGCUCAGAGUGUCUUGGCAUGACACACAAGAUUCAUCGCCUUGUCGCCUGGCGUCCAACUAAACCCUAUGUGCCUGUCAAGGGACAGCGAGCCCCUUACUGGCAAGAUACUCCAGAUGACGAAAAGGAAUAUCUCGUCAAAUGGGAGACCAAAUCAUACGCCCAUUGUACUUGGCUUCCCGGUGCUUGGGUCUUCGGCAUUGUCGCGGCACUUUCUCGAAAAGCCUUUGGGAAACGUGAUGUAGAACAAAGUCUACUGCACAUGACCGAGAAAGACGCGAUUCCGGAGGAAUUUUUAGCGCCGGACAUUAUUCUUGUUGCCAAGAUGGACUCUGCAGCACCCGCUCAUCGCUCCAAAGAAGAGAUGCUAGGCAACAUCUCAUAUGUCCGCCGUAUUUUUGUCAAAUUUCAGGGUCUUGGCUAUGAAGACGUUGUCUGGGACACACCUCCGACGCCAGAAAUGACUGCUCUUUACCCCGCAUACGUCGAGGCUUAUGGCGAAUACGUCAAUGGAAAGUAUUUUGAGCAGGAGACGCCAACAACUAUCCGACACCGUGUCGAAGAGUUCAAGCAUGAAGCGUUUACAGAGCUGAACGCCCAACCCAAAGGAAUCCGCCGCGGCAAAUUGAUGGGAUACCAACUGGAAGGCCUAAACUGGCUUCUUGGAAACUACCAUCAUAGUCGCAGUGUCGUUCUAGCCGACGAAAUGGGCCUCGGAAAGACGGUACAGGUUGUGAGCCUGGUGACGAGUCUGGUGCAGGACAAUCCCAAGUGCUGGCCAUUCCUCAUUGUCGUUCCGAACGCGACAUGUCCCAACUGGCGACGCGAGUUUAGACAAUGGGCACCAGAUCUUAGAGUCGUUGCAUAUCACGGAGGCAAGGAGUCCCAAGAACUCACAUACCGCUAUGAGCUCUUCCCUGAGCACAGAGGCGCCAUGCGAGCUCACGCUGUCAUCAUGUCGUAUGAUUCGGCCCAAGAUCCUAGAACUGCAGGACUUUUCAAGCCAGUCAAGUGGGCUGGACUGGUUGUAGACGAGGGGCAGCGCCUCAAGAAUGACCAGAAUCUUCUUUAUCAAGCCUUGCGUGGCAUGAGGAUACCUUUCCGUCUUUUGCUCACGGGCACGCCGCUGCAAAACAACAAACGUGAGCUGUUCAAUCUAAUCCAGUUUAUUGAUACCUCGCAGGAUGCUGCGAAGCUUGAUGAGGAGUUUGAGAUUUUAGACAAGGAGACUUUGCCGCGACUGCACGACAAAAUCAGGCCGUACUUCCUUCGGCGCACAAAGGCUGGCGUGCUGAAAUUUCUUCCGCCAAUGGCCCAAAUUAUCGUGCCGGUUACCAUGACAGUUGUCCAGGAAAAGUUGGCAAAGAGCAUCAUGUCCAAGAAUCCCGAACUCAUCAAGGCGAUCUUUGCAGACAGCAAGCUUAAACGGACCGAUCGAGGCAGCCUCAACAACAUUCUUAUGCAGCUACGCAAGUGUCUCUGCCACCCUUUCAUGUACUCGGAAAAUAUCGAAGAGAGACACCAUGAUCAUGUUGUCAUGUUUCGCAAUCUCGUCGAGGCUUCUGCUAAGUUGCUGCUUCUUGAGAUCAUGCUCCCGAAGCUCAAAGAGCGCGGCCACCGAGUGCUCAUCUUCAGCCAAUUUCUGCAGCAGCUCGAUAUCAUAGAAGAUUUCCUGAUCGGCAUUAGCUGUGAAUAUAAAAGGCUUGACGGUGGCAUGUCGAGUCUCGAAAAACAAAAGCGAAUCGACGCCUUCAACGAGCCAGACUCGCCUCUAUUUGCUUUCCUACUCUCCACGCGCGCUGGUGGUGUCGGUAUCAACCUAGCUACUGCCGAUACCGUCAUCAUAAUGGAUCCUGACUUCAACCCGCACCAAGACUUGCAGGCUCUUUCUCGAGCGCAUCGAAUUGGACAAAAGAACAAGGUUCUUUGUUUCCAGUUCAUGACGAAAGAUUCAGUCGAAGAAAGAAUCGUGCAAGUCGGUAGGAGCAAAAUGGCCUUGGAUCAUGCUCUCAUCGAAAGCAUGGAUGACGACGAGCUAGAAGGUGCAGACCUCGAGUCUAUCCUCAAGCACGGUGCCUCUGCAUUGUUUAAUGACAAUUACCAAAAAACAAAGAUCGAGUACACAUCUGCGAUGGUGGACCGUUUGCUCGACAGAUCACAAAUGGAGCAGGCCAAGGUGGAAGAAGAAAACCCCACCGGAGAGGCCCCCUUUGCCUACGCCCGCGUUUGGAACUCUGACAAGGUUGGAUUUGAGAGCCUACCCACGGCCGAAGCCGAGGCUCCCGUGCCCCUCAAUGCUGGUGUAUGGGACAAAAUCAUCGCACAGAGAGAAGAGGAGGCUCGCCGCAAGGCAGAAGCCAACCGCGAAGUUCUUGGUAGAGGUGGCCGACGCCGCACGAAAAUCGACUACACAUCAAAGGCAAACGUCCAAAAGGAAGACGCGGAAAGGGGAGUAUCUAGUGAUAGUGACGAAUUCUCCGGAGGCGACAGCUCCAGCGAAUCCGGCGAAGAGCCCGCGCUUACAAAAGAAGAGCAAGAAGCCGGCCACCGCGAGCUCGCAGAGCAAACAAAAACGACCCAGCGCCCCGCCCAAGUCGAGCGCAUCCAAAUCACAUCGAUCCCCUCCAGAAACAAGGGUCCCAUCAAAGAAAAAUUCGCCCGAGUCCCGCACGGCGCCGUCGGGGCCCAACCAGGCGGAAAAUUACAACAAGGCACAAACGCCGCCGGCAGCCAGGCAGGCCAGCAACACGAGCGGGCUGGCCACCCCCACAGCGUGAAGAAGCACGUUACUGUAGCUCUGCCUGCGCCUGCACAGACUUCACUCGUUCCAAAUGAGUUUUGGCACUACGUGUCUCGACUAGCAUCUGAAGUGGAAAUCCGGAUGGCCAUUGACGAAGUGGCCCGUAACAAGGAGCAACGAGCAGUAAAGCAAAUACGGCUUUAUGCCUUGCAUGAAAAGCUGCGCCAGGUGUCUGCAGACAGAAACCUUGCUUAUAGAUGA